AUGAGACGAAGAGAGCUCAACAAUAACAAGGAAAGUUUAUCAAUCCAAUAUCACCACAAGAUGCGUCUUGGUUUCAUAGGGUUGGGCGUCAUGGGAGUGCCCAUGGCGCGCAAUCUCAGCCGACACUUUCCUCUCACUGUAUGGAAUCGAAGCCCGUCGAAGUACGCUCUCCUCGAAGAAACCGGUGCAAAAGUCGCGACCGCCGAAAGUCCAGUGGAAGUCGUCGCACAGUCCGAUGUAACAUUCGUCAUGCUCUUCAAUGCCCUCGCUUUCGACUCGAUUCUCACUCCCGACUUUUACAGCGCGCUUCGCGGCAAGACAUUGGUGAAUACAAGCUCUGUCGGGGUCGAAUUCAACAAAUUCCUCGCGGAAAAGGUUCACGCUGCCGGUGGUACAUUCCUUGAAAUGCCUGUCAGUGGAAGCAAAGUACCUGCUGAGCAGGGCCAGCUUGUUGGCCUCAUGGCUGGAGAUCCUGAGGUUGCGGACGGUAUUCGGCCCUUCGUGAAGCCACUUACAAAGUCCGCUGUUUAUUGUGGUCCAAUAGGCUCGGGACUGAAAGCAAAGUACGCGGUGAAUACCCUGCUUAUUACGCUGACCGUUGGUCUCUCCGAAUCCGUCAACCUUGCCCGCGCUCAGGGUCUUGAUCUUGAAGCCUUCGAGCGGGUACUCGAGGCUUGCCCAAUGGCCUCACCGUACUCGAAGCUCAAAGUUGCAAAGAUUCGAAAUAAUGACUGGUCGGCACAAGCUUCGUUGAAAGAUUGCUACAAUAGUACGCAGCUUAUUGAGUCGGCGGCUGCGGCAGCAGAGACGCGGUCACCGUUAAUGGAGGCUUGCGGGAAGCUGUAUAAAGAAGCCAUGGAGGCGGGCCUUGGAGAGGAAGAUAUGAUUUCUAUUGUGAAAACAGUGGGAGGAGACAAAAAGGCAGGAUCCAGGAUAUAG